GGGUGGGGUACAUCAGUAAGGUUAGAGGUCACAGUGACACUGGGGGUUACCCCCAUAUAAUUGCCCUGCUGCCAUGGUAGGGUCAGAUGUGUCCCUGUCUCAGGUCCAGCCUUGUUUCCAGCUGCUGCGCAUGGGCUCCGACCACGAGCCGCCCUCCUCUCUCAGCACCCAGAGCGCCUCCUCCCAAGACUUGUAUACCUUUCUACCCGAUUCAUCUCGUUGCGUCUACCGGCUGGGGGCCCGAGCGGACCUCUGUGACGUGCUGCUGCCGGGGAAGCCGCUGGUCCACGCGGAGAUCCACGCGGAGAGGGAGGCCGCCGGCGACUGGAGAGUCAGCGUAGGAAGCUGCACCAAUUACGGCGUUUAUAUCAAUGAUGUCCACCUUCCGCCGGGUCAAAGGCUGGAACUGUCAGAUGGGGACCUUCUCGGUUUUCAGGAGAAGCCCCCUUCGCCCUCCUCCUCCAUGGAUGUGCUCUUCCUGUUCCAGCGUGUCCGCGUGCGCCCCUUGGACUUCUGCGCGAUCACCUCCCCGCGUGCGCGGGCCGCCUUUCCUGGCUUUACGCCUGUGCUAGGCACUCAGCGGAUCGGUGGGGAGCGAGGUGGCACCCCCCACUACAUGACGGGGGCCACGGUCAUCCUGAACUCCAUUGGCAGCAUCAGCAAACUGAAACGGGAGAGAAUGCACAGUGGCGGGCUGGCAGGGGGAGUCGUGGAGGUGACGAAGCCCACCACCCCGGACCUCCCGUUACCGUCGCGUACAGGUCUGGAGAGGAGGAGCAGCAGGAGGAAAGCACAGCACCGAGUUCUCUGUGAGCUCGAGGAAGAUGAUGUGGAGGAGAGACAUGGAGACCAAGGAGCGACAGGGAAGAGGAAGAGAAAAAGGGGGAGGCCAAAGGAGGAAGAGAGGUCCGUCCAGCAGGUGGAAACGGGCAGGAAGCCUCGCGGUCGUCCCCGGAAGAACCCGGUCCCGCCGUUGGUGGUGUCCCAGACGAUCUCCAGCGCAGAGCCUUGUGCGUGGCGCUCCUGCCGCCUUCCGCAGGAGGACACGGUCAGCUGGGUGCAGUGCGACAGGUGUGACUCGUGGUACCACGUUGUGUGUAUCGGCCGCAGCUUGACUUCCUUGCAGGACACAGACUUCCAUUGUGGCUGCACGUGA